CUCUGGGAAUGAGGACCAGCGGACCCGCUGCUGUCCGAGCGGGGACGUGAUUCCUUCGUGUUCGCGUGUGCGGUAAUCGACUGCUUAGUGCCCACGGUGGCUGCUGUGGCUCUGAUACAAAGACCUACGCCGUGGGCGGCUGGGCUUGGGCUUGGUGUCUCAUCUCGGACACCCAAAGGAUGACCCUGGAGAUCAUGACUCUGCAGCCCCGAUGUGAGGAUGUGGAGACUGCAGAGGGGGUCGCCAUCACUGUCACCGGGGUGGCUCAGGUGAAAGUGAUGACCGAGCACGACUUGCUGGCGGUCGCCUGUGAGCAGUUCCUGGGUAAAUCAGUCAUGGAGAUAAAAGCUGUGGUCCUGCAGACUCUGGAGGGACAUCUGCGCUCCAUUUUAGGAACCUUGACUGUGGAGCAGAUCUAUCAGGACAGAGACCAGUUUGCCAAACUGGUGAGGGAGGUAGCGGCUCCAGACGUGGGCCGGAUGGGGAUCGAGAUUCUCAGCUUCACCAUAAAGGAUGUGUACGACAAACUGGAUUACCUGAGCUCUCUGGGGAAGACCCAGACUGCAGCCGUGCAGAGAGACGCAGACAUCGGCGUGGCCGAGGCAGAGAGGGAUGCUGGGAUACGGGAAGCUGAGUGUAGGAAGGAGAUGAUGUACGUCAAAUUCCAAGCUGACACCAAGAUGGCCGACUCCAAACGGGAGCUGGAGCUGCAGAAGGCUUCUUUCAACCAGGAAGUCAACACUAAGAAAGCAGAGGCCCAGCUGGCCUACGAGCUGCAGGCAGCCAAGGAGCAGCAGAAGAUCCGCCUGGAGGAGAUUGAGAUCCAAGUGGUGCAGAGGAAGAAGGAGAUCACCAUCGGGGAGAGGGAGGUCGCUCGGACGGACAAGGAGCUCAUCGCCACGGUCAAGAGGCCUGCUGAGGCCGAGGCCUACAAGAUGCAGCAGCUGGCUGAGGGGCACAAGAUAAAGACGGUGCUGAUAGCACAGGCUGAGGCAGAGAAGAUCAGGAGGAUUGGAGAGGCGGAGGCGUGCUCCAUCGAAGCAGUGGGCAAGGCGGAGGCUGAGAAGAUGAGGCUGAAGGCCGAGGCUUACCAGCAGUACGGAGAAGCAGCCAAGACGGCUCUGGUCCUGGAGGCCUUGCCCAUGAUUGCUUCCAAGGUGGCGGCGCCGUUAGCCAAGACCGAUGAGAUCGUGAUCCUGAGUGGGGAGAGCAGCCGCGUGACGGGCGAAGUCAACCGCCUGCUGGCUGAACUCCCCGUGUCUGUCAAUGCUCUCACUGGAGUGGACCUGUCAAAGAUCCCGUUCCUGCAGAAGAUGGCCAACGCUCAUGCCUAAGAUGACCACACACACACACACACACACACACACACACGAUUCCAGUGUCCGUCGUCCGCACUCUGAUGGACAGCCUUUAAUACACUUGAAGAAUUCUUUUGUUUUCUACGUACGAAUAUACUGUAUACCAAGUGAAUUGGAAACCUCUGGUGCCUUACUUUAUACAGGGCCAGAAUAUCUGAACGCACUGCUGCUCACGCAAAAGAUUUCCAUUUUUUUUAUUUCAGUUUUAACAGGUUUUUUUGUGAUUUAAUUUAUUUUGUAUUCGGAUUGUUUACAUUGAAUCCCAUGGGAGAGGAGAGCUGCUGUUACACUGGUGUGAUGGCUGACGUACCAGCUGUGUCCCCCCAACACCUCGUCUAUGGGGUCUGCGCUCUCACUUCUUACACUCUGCAUGCGGCCUUCUUCAUUUGUACGCCUCUGUCUUUACUGUACGACACGUCAGCUAUCGCAAUCUUUUUCUUCUGUAUAUUGUACAUGUUGUAAUUUGUAACUAUUUAUGUUAUUUUACGCGUUGACUUUUUUUGUACAAUGUCAGAGGUGCUUGAAAUCUUAUAAGAAGACCCCCCCUAUCUUGUGCAAUUGCUGUUGUUGGCCCUGAAAUAUGUUUAAUCCUCUAAAAACUGUUGAUAUCAGGCUCUACACAUAAUACAUUAUUCAUAUGCUGGCAGGGAAAUGGGAUGCAAAAUCUGAUCGGAGCUUGUGGUCCUAUGAUAUUCAUAGUAGGUUUAAAUAUAAAGUUUAGUAUUCUUGGCUUGAUUAUAUUUUUUUAAUGAUUUGGUGUUUUAGGAAUUACAGAAAACCGUGGGGGAAAAAAAGCUUUCAUUUGUCAAAGAAGACCAGCUUAGAGUUGUCUUUUAAUUUUCAUAUUAUGAGAAGGACUUGUGGACAAUGCAUAGUAGCUAAUCAAUAGAUAUCCGUAGAUGCUAAGAAGCCAUGUCUGACACGGAGCGUCGACCAACCUUUCAUAGAAACUUUGUCUUUGAUGUUUGUUUUCUCAUAACUGACAGGAAAUAUAGAAGGAUCUUCUACUUUUAACUUAUCAAAAACGUGUUUUAUCUACUUAAUUGAGUGAUGCCGAUGUUUGCAAUGGUCAAGAUGCUUUGUUGUUUUCAAUGUCUAAUGCACCAAAAUUUUAAGUGUCAGUGCGGCAUUAGAAACGUUUUCAUGGAAUUGAAAAAAUCUGCCAUGAAAUGUGUUUCACCCACUUAGACACUUCCAGAAGGACUGAAUCCUGCUCGUCUCUUCUCCUGCUGUGAAGAGCUGCACUCACUCACCCCAAACUAGCAGGACAGCGCUCAUUAGUUUUUAGACACAAAAAUAAAUGGUGGUAGUUUUUAUGUGCGGCUGAAGAAACAGACAGUAUGGGCGUCAUGUUCCAAUAGGACUGUUAUUAGUGUUGUUAAUAUUAUUUGUAUUGGUGCUCCUGAGUUAAUUUUAUAUUUAUGGCAUUCUUUGCUGAUAUAGUGACUCGACAAAUACUGUGACCACAAUGACUUGUUUGGCUGCAACUGUGUCGUGUGUGUGUGUGUGUGUGUGUGUAGAGAAAUAGAUAUAUCUAUAUCUAUGGAUAUAGAUAUAUGCAAUUUACAUAUUGUGUUGUAUUUCCUAAUGUUAUUUACAACACUCCAACGACAGUGACUUUCUGUAUGCUCUUGCUGCAUGUCAUACACCUGUGCUCUGAAUAAUCCUUUCUCUGAUCUAAUUGUCAUUCUAAUAAAUUGAAAAUUCCAUGAUA